AGUACAAUAUCGUGUAUAAUGGCACCUCAGACCGCGUCCCUUCUCUCUCGCCCCAAUGGCCGGCAGCCCAGUGACACUCUGGGGCCUCAGGCCAGGGGUCCGUCCCCGCGCCCUCGGGCUGCGGGCUUUGCCGGAGGGCUUCCACACGGUGCUCGUGAGGGGACGCGUGACCAAUCGCUUCACUUUCUCCACUUGGCAGCAACGUCUGAAACGUGGCCGCCGCUCGAAACCCAGCGGCGCCAGGAGAUGCUUGCCAAGGCCUACGGACCACGGCGGGGAGAAAAGAAAGCCGUGCCUCGGCCCACAGCGGCGGAGGGGACGGGGGACGAGCGGGGACGGCCGGUUGCCGGGGAGAAGGCGACGCCGCGCGGCAGCCCGCGCGCGAACAAAAUGGCGACGGGCGGCAGUGGCGGGGGCCUGUCGCGGGUGUGCAAAGCGCCGGGCGGCCCCUCGGUGCCCGCCGGGAGCGGCGCGGUGAGCGGCGAGCUGCUGGCGCGGGAGGAGCGCUACAAGAGACUGAAUGCAGAGUUAGAAGCAAAAAGAGAAAAAUUGAUGCGUCAGACCGAAGAAGUAAUGAAGAGCCAACAAGAGACACUAUCUAGACCAAUUUCAGUACAAACUAAGUACUGUGAAGAUGACAAACAGAGAGAUCCACUCUGUUUUAAAGUUUCAUCCCUUACACACUCUCACACCAAGCCAUCAAACAAGAAGAAAUGUGCUUCUGCAUCCAUGGCUCAGAACAGAACGUAUUCUGGAAAUAAAGGGAAAAUAAUAACUUCAAGUUCAGAAAUCAAUCUGGAAACACAAAAUGCUGAUGGUGUUGCAGUGUUGGAGGAUUGCACUGGUUUUUCUUUAGCAAAAACAGUGAGUGAAAUUGAAGGAAAACUAGAGAAAGGAGGCUUGCCAGAUUGUCUGGAUGAUGAUAUUAUUCCAAAUACUGCAAGUGAAAUUGGAGCAGAAGCACAAAUGAGGUUUCUUAAGGCAAAGUUACGUGUUAUGCAGGAAGAGCUGGAUAGCAUCAUGUGUGAAUGCAGGAAAAAGGAUGAUGAAAAUCAGAAUUUAAAAUCUCAGCUUAAAGAUAGUGAAGAAGAAAGUACGAGACUGCAACGAAAGAUCAGCGUGCAGCAAUCUCAGACUGAGAAGUACAAGAUGUUAUCACAAGCAGCAAGCAAAAAAUGCGAAGGAUUACAGCAAGAGGUUGUUGCACUAAAAAAGGAAUUAGAGAAUUUAAAGCGUGCACAGAAACAAGCUGCAAGCAGUCAGAGUGCAACAGAGGUUCGCUUAAAUAGGGCCCUGGAAGAAGCAGAAAGGUAUAAAGCGGAGCUGAAUAAACUGAAGCAAAGUAACAAGGAUGUAGCUAAUCAAGAACUCAAAAUAAUUGAAGAAUUAAAAGCAGAAAACAAGAAACUGCAGAAGCAAAAAGGAGAACUAAUAGCAGGUUUCAAAAAGCAGCUGAAGUUAAUUGAUAUUUUAAAGAGACAAAAGAUGCACAUCGAAGCUGCUAGGAUGCUUUCUUUCACUGAAGAGGAAUUCAUGAAAGCUCUCGAGUGGGGAAAUGAUUGAUUCUAACUUGUUUGAAACACGAAACCGACGGUAGGUUGUUUUGGCACUAGAAGUGUACAUUGGUAGGUUGUUUUGGCACUAGAAGUGUACAUUAAUAGUUAACAAAUAUCUCAGUGAAUGGGUUUUGGUGAUUUUGCUCAUGUUGAAAUUAUUUCACUUUUAAAAGCCUGAUAGGUUGCUUUGGAAUAUCACAUGCAAUACAGAUUUGCUGUGAAGUUCCGAGCCCAGCUGUCUGUUCUGUAAGGAGCCGAGAGGCACAGAGCGCAGGUGAACUUUGCUAUCUGUUCUUCUGUUUUAGCAUUCAAAACUGUUAGAUAAGGUAAUAUUCAGUCUAAAGAGAAGCCAGAAUGACUAUAAUCUGAUACAGCUUAUUGUUUAAAGUUCCUAUUUUAUUUAGUCAAGGUAAAAAAUUAAUAAAUAUGUAUAUUUAUAUAUUUCUGUGGUCACUGAUACUGAUAAUGGAUACAGUCAAGAACGAUGGCUCCAUAUCACAGGUGCUCUACAUGCAUUAUCUCCUGGAAGAUUUUAUUAUCUCAUCAUUAUAACCAAGUAUUAGAUAAAAAUGUGGAUGUAGAUGAGCCAAGCAUAUGAUGUACACUAAUGAACAAGAGUAAUAAAAGCCCAUGCUGGUUGAUGAAGUUAAGAUGGUUAAGCCCCAGCUAUUUCAGUGGAUUCCUCCCUGAGAGUGAUUUAGUAGGAAAGUGACACACAAAGUUUAUUUAUGUGCUGAAAUGAGGUUAUUAGCAAUGACUCUGAAAGGUGCUUACUGCGAGAGUAGGGUUGGUCUCUUCUCACUGGUGACAGGAUGAGGCCUCAAGUUGUGGAAGGGUAAGUUUGGGUUGGAUAGCAGGAGAAACUUUACAGAAUGGGUUGUUAAGCACUGGAACAGGCUCCCCAGGGAGGUGGAUGUGUUUAAAAACCGUUUGGAUGUGGUGCUCAGGGACAUGAUUUAGCGGAGGGUUGUUAGUUAGGGUAGUGUGGUUAGGUUGUGGUUGGACUUGAUCUUUAAGGUCUUUUCCAACCUGAGCAAUUCUAUGAUUCUAUGACUCUGACCUCAAAAUGAGAAUCACAUCACAGAUUUUACCAGCAAAGUCACGUGAGGUAGCAGUGGAAAAAGUUAUUCCGAUCUGCCGUUAGUGAUUUAAUUACCUACCUUUAGAUUAGUAAUUUAAUAGUACAGGGCAAAUGUAGAUACUUUUUUUAACUUACAAACAGAAAUAGUGCAUUAAGAGAAUCGUAUUGUCUGUUAUGUGAUACCCAUCUGAACUUACAUUACCUCAGGUUUCUGCAGUGUGGCUGAAGGAAACAUUUUUAAACAUUGCUUCAUCACUAACUCAGUUGUAUUAUGUAGCUGAUAGAUUAUUGAGAAAUCUCUAACAAACAGUUUAUUCCUGAAAAAUGUAAGUGCAUUUAAAUACGAUGAGCCAUUCAUCAGUUCAGAAUCCAGUCUUAAAAUGGAUUUUUAUGAGAAUAAAAACAAGUUCCUUGCUGUUAACAGCAAAUGGAAAUUUUCCUUAGCAAUCAGAUGACACCUAGUGGCAAAGCGGGAGGGCAGACAGUGGAAAUUUCAGCUCUCUUCAGAAGAUGGAUUACCUCUUCUCUUCUGAUAAGCCAACCUAAAUUCCUCACCAAGCAUGUUAAUAUCAUCUUCACCUUUGAGUACUCCCUGGAGAAAGAAGCACCACAGAAGAUAAAAAGAAAUUAGAGAGAUAAUUAUGGAUUUUUUUAAUGGAAACGAUUGUAUAGCUUACAACCUGUCUUACCUCUAAAAAAAAAAAAAAAACCAAAUAGCUCUGAAAACCAGCAGCAAAAUUCAAUGGAUGAGUUUCUAACUGCUGUACUUGGUGCUAACCCACAACUGCGUUUUUUGUUCAGGCAAAUUAGGGUGAGAAUCCAGUAAAGAUUGCCACAUAAGCACUAUACAAAGGACAAUGUUUAUCUGUAUUGUGUUUCUAAUAAAAGUGAUUAGAGGCAGCAGAGCACAUUUGCAGAUUUAACAAAAUCAAGAAACUACACUGAAAUGAGGCACUGGCUUGGUUGGGGCUUCAUCUCCACCUUCAGGUGUGCUGAAGUUGUAUUGGGGACUUCAGAACUAGGUAGAACUUUGCUAUCAAUCCAUUCUGAGUGAAGUCACAUGCAAUGUGUCACUUUAAAGCAGAGAAAGAACAGUAGGACAUCAAUACCACGGGGCAGAUACAAGCCACUGACACUCCGAAACAGCCAAGGCUUCUUAAAACAGUCAAUUCAAACCAGGAAAUUACAGCAAAAGUAGUGCCCAUUUGUGUUGCGCUUUAAUUGCAUCUUCACUGGAAAUUAACUCUCUGAAUCUCCACUUCCAAGUCUUACAAAUUCAUGCAAUAAAUGAGUAUACUAAUUAUUUGAUUAAAAAUAAAAUUUGCUGUGUUUACAAUGUG